AUGUCCAUCGGAAAGCUCUAUCUCGCCCCCUACGCCCGCUGCAACGCGCUCUACGGCCUCGUCAACCACUACAAGCUGGACGUGGAGAUUUCCGGCGCGGACGAGGAGUUUGAGAAGAAGUUCCCACUCAAAAAGUACCCGUCGCUGGUGCUGGCAGACGGCACUGCGGUCCACGAGUUCUUUGCGGUGGCUUUCUAUCUGCUGACAUUUGUCAAGGACGAGUCCAUCAAGCCCAAGAAUGACCUGGAGCACGCGCAGUUCUUCCAGUGGGUGUCGUUUGCCAACUCGGAGCUUGUGGCACUGCUGUUCAAGUCGUUUGGCGGCCUGGUGGGCCGAGCCCCUUACAACAAGAAGCUCAUUGACGAGUCGCAGAAGGAGCUCAACAAGCAGAUUGAGCUGACGUUCGAGCCCCAUCUCACCAAACACACCUAUCUGGUGGGAGACCGGCUCACCUUUGCCGACUACGCCGUGGCAGGCCUCAUUUUCCGAGGCUUCGAGCUGCUGUUCGACAAGGAGUGGCGAAAGACCCACCCCGCCAUCUCUCGAUGGUACAAGACGGUGGUUUCCCAGCCCUUCUACGACGGCGUCAAGCUCACCAUCACCGACCAGAAGGUCCAGUACGUUCCCAAGAAGGAUUAG